CUGAUUAUCCGCUAAGACGACGACAGGGACCCAGACUCAUACAAACCCACGCAUCUUACGCGGCAGAAUGACAAAAAGACGUUUGUUGAAUCUUGAAGAGCAGGUGGUCCAACUGUAACAACUGAGUUCGACCGUGCCAUUAUUUUUCUUCAACUGCAUGAACUGCACGGUGAAAUUGUAACAUCCCAGCAUGUCAUCGUCCACACCAAGAACUACAGCAAGUACCAGCCAACUAACAACGCCCCAAAUGGCGUCACGCCCUGCGGUCACUCGGACCGUGGUCACCGCGACGGGGACUGCGACUAUACCCAAGAUGGUUCCCCAGUACGGCAUCUCACCACUCAUCAGUGACAACUCCACCAAGAGACGAAGCUCGUCUCGCUCCAUCAAGCGGAAGAAGUUUGACGAUGAGCUGGUGGAGAGUAGUCUACUCAAGGUAAAUACUUCCAAGGGCAAAGUGUCAUCAACGACGUCUCCGUCCGGUCAGCCGCCUCCUGUCGAGAAAGAGGAAAAGAAAGAGAAAGAGAAGGAAAUAGUGAAGCCGCCUGUCCACCAUCCGCCCACCACAGAAAGGAGAAAGGUAUCCUCCCGCCCGUCUACAUCCCACAGUCAUCGCCCGUCUUCCUCUCACAGACCCCCCUCAACAAGCCGUCGCUCCAAGAAGCCCAAAUCCCUCUUGUCCAUCGCUAAAGAUCACGGACGAUGGAAACCACAGGAUGACCUCCUGCUUAUCAGUGCUGUACAGCAGACCAAUGACUUGGAGACUGUUUACCAAGGAGUGAAGUUCUCCUGUCGAUUUACUCUGAAGGAGGUCGAGGAGAGAUGGUACGCUCUGCUGUAUGACCCCGUCAUAUCAAAGCUAUCCCAGCAGGCAAUGCGGUCGUUACACCCAGAAGUCAAGGCUAUUGUCGUCAGUAAAGCUAUCUACAGCGAAGACGAAGAAAAGUUGCUCGGUACAGUCACUUCCACUAGUCAACCAACCGUGGAAACAUUUCAAGAAUUAGUCAACAAGAAUCCAACCUCCUUCCAUCCAGCCAGGACAGCCAAAGCUCUUUACACUCAUUGGCUGCUCAUGAAACAGUAUCACCUGCUUCCUGACCAAUCAGUCCAGCCAAUGCCGAGGGGUGAUCAUGUACUCAACUUCUCAGAUGCUGAAGAUAUGUUAGACGACACCCAACUCCAGGAUCAGAGAGAUGACAUCCUUGAACAUGAGUUGUCCGUGUUUGACCGGCGGCAGAAACGCGAAAUUCGAAACCUGGAGAACGAAAUCACAAAAUGGCAAUACCUCGUGGAUAGCGUCACAGGAAUGACAUCGCCGGCGUUUGACGGUCAGACUCUAGCCGUGCUGAGAGGUCGUCUGGUCAGAUAUCUUAUGAGGUCAAAUGAGAUUACAAUUGGCCGCUCCACCUCGGACACCACCAUCGACGUCGACCUCUCACUGGAAGGUCCAGCUUGGAAGAUAUCCCGGCGCCAGGGCCUGAUCAAGCUCAGAAACAACGGGGAAUUCUACAUCGCUAAUGAGGGCAAACGGGCCAUCCACGUGGACGGCAAAGCCAUCAUCAAAGGAAUGAAGAGUAAACUCAAUAACAACUCCGUAGUUGAGAUUGCGGGUCUUCGAUUCAUCUUUCUGAUAAACCAGGAACUGAUCAACGCCUUCAAAAACGAAUCCAUUAAAGGAAAUGCCUGAUGCUGUUGUUACAGCCCUGUCUGUAGCGGUUCUUUCCUCGCCUUCCACUAAUGUGACCCAGGUUCGAAUCCCGCUCGAGGACAACAUACGGGUUGGGUUUAAGUAGCUACCUGAUUCUGUGGGUUUCCCUGGCAUUGCAUGCAUUCUGGGGUUUUCCUCUCACCUCUAAAACUGUAAUUUGUUGGAUAUCCUGCUGAAUGGCAAAUGAAUAAAUGCAAACAAAUUCACAAAUACACAAAUUUUUAAAAAACUGACACCGAUUUCUUGAAGGAUUUGUGGAGUCUGCAUUUUUUUAAAAGAGAAAUAUAUGACCAACAGAUAAAACUUUUCCGACUAUCACAAUUUUUUUUUUACUCAUUUAAAACCACAGGGUUCAUAAACACUCCAAGGGGUGUAACAAAACAUCAAAAAGCGUUUAAAAUUAAAGUGGCAUGUAUUCACAUUUUAUUUCCCUUCUUUAAAGGUUUAAACUAAAGGUAGGGUAGUUCAUUUGUCAUUUGUUCCUUGUUAUUUUCGUUUGAAGCAACAAAAGUGCUCAAAAUCUAAAGACAGGUGCUUUAUGCUUAACAACUCACCUGAUGAAUUUUUAGCUCAGUGAAUGCUGUAUUUUUCAAGGAAACAAUAUUCUAGGAUGUCGAUUUCAAUUCAAAAGUUGCCGAGUCAUGUUUUGAAUUGCGGCCAAAAUCAGCACUUGGGACACGUUCUCAUUCAGGCGACUGCAGCUAGCGAUUUCACGCACUGAACUGGCAAAUAAUAGCAACCGCGAGCACGUGUACAUUGGGUCAAUGCUUGCGUGCACCCAUUCAUGGAUUCGCAGAAUUAUAAACCCACUACUUAGGGAUAUUUCCAAAAAUGUGUCAGUAAACACAUCUUUGGAAAUGGCCUUCUUUUAUUGUUUUCUUCAAAAUGACAGCAUGCCAGAAGGAAUAAUUUCACAGGGAGUUCAUCGCCAUGCUUUUCAACAAUAAUUAUGUCCGUUACUUUUUGGAUAGCUGCAAAUGAUAUACUCUACCUUUAAAGUUCUCUUGGAAACUUUUGAUAAAUUGUGGAUUACAACAUUGGUUGAAAAGAAAGUCUAAUUUUGGAAACCUUAUUCUGUUCCUGAGUACAUCACAUUACUGGUGGUACUCACUUCCCAUGACUUUGAGCCAACUGUACAUUUGUAUUAUAUCUGUAAUUGCUAUGCCAGUGUUUUUGUAGAGGCGGAAUUAAACGUUAAAACAAAGUUUUUGGCUGUAAUAACA